GAGAGCGAGAGCGCUGCGAGCGCGGCGAGCACCAGCAUGGCGGGGCUCCGGCGCCCGCAGCCCGGCGCCCGCCGCCGCACGGCCGCGGCCGUGAACCUUCUGCUGGGCGUCUUCCAGGUCCUGCUGUCCUGCUGCCGUCCGGGAGGGGCUCAGGGACAAGCGAUUGAGCCCUUGCCGAACGUGGUGGAGCUGUGGCAGGCAGAAGAAGGGGAACUCCUGCUGCCCACUCAGGGUGAUUCUGAAGAGGAUAUGGAGGAGCCUUCUCAAGAACAGAGCUUCUCAGAGAAACUGUUUGUUGGGAAAGGCUUACAUUUUCAGCCAUCAGUUCUAGAUUUUGGAAUACAGUUCCUGGGGCAUCCUGCGGCGAAGCUUCUGUAUGCCCACAACCCCAGCAGGGACAGCGAGGUUGUGGUGAACUCCGUGUUUACAGCUGCUAGACAUUUUCACGUGCCGCCUGUGCACUGCAGGGUCAUUCCAGCAAUGGGGAAAACUUCCUUCAGAAUCAUUUUCUUACCUACGGAAGAGGGAAGCAUUGAAAGCUCUUUAUUUAUUAAUACCUCCUCAUAUGGUGUCCUUUCCUAUCCUGUAUCUGGAGUGGGCGCUCGCAGAGUCUCUACUGACGGGUCUUCCGAGCAGCUGCCAACCGCUUACUUUCUGCUUCCGCAGGUCCAAAGCAUCCAGCUGUCACAGACACAGGCAGAAACCACUAAUACUAGCCUCCUGCGGGUGCAACUGGAAUGCAGUUUACAUAAUAAAGUGUGUCGGCAAUUAAAGAGCUGCUAUCUGGGGUCUGAUGAUGCGUUCCACUUGGAGAUGAGCAUAAUUGUAGCAGUGGAAAACUCCUCAAAGCAUCCUGAAGACAAUACUCAAGCGCUGUUGGAUCAUCUCUCUAUUGUUUAUGUAGCCACUGAGGAGACGGAGGCCUCAGAUGAAUCUGCAGUAAAUAUGUAUGUUUUGCAUUCAGGAAACAACCUCAUUUGGAUACAGGAUAUGCAUCAACUCUCUCAGGAAAACAUCCUGUCUCUGCAGUUUGAACCGGUACUGCUGCCGACGUCCACAACAAACUUCACAAAGAUUGCCUCGUUCACUUGCAAAGCAGGUACCUCAUGUGACAGUGGAAUUGUGGAUGUGAGGAAAAGAAAAAACACCCCAACAAUAAAAGCAUGCCUCUCCUCUCCUGUGGUUCAGGGGUAUUUCAGAGUGGAUGCCUCUACAGCCCAGUUCCACAUAGAGAGCCACAAAAAUGCAACAGGGGAGUGGUCAGUAUGGUGCCGCAGCCAUUUUGACCAGAGCAUUGUAAUAAAAGAUGUGUUUGUUUCCAAGGAGGCCAGGCACAUUUUAAAGGUUCUGAGUUUCCCUGGCCCUUUAUUUCUACCUCCAGGCUGUUGGAAUUUAUUUUCUUUGAAACUUGCUGUUAAAGGCAUUGCCCUAAACCUACUCACCAGUGUAUUUCUGACUACAAACACAGGUGCCACUUUUGCAAUCCCUCUGCAGAUUUUCUCGGCCCCAGCCAAGGAAGGGAGUCUGGGGUUUGAAGUGAUAGCACAUUGUGGCAUGCAUUAUUUCAUGGGAAAAUCAAAAACAGAAAAUCCUAAUUGGGAUAGAAGCCUUUCUCUGGAUCGGUCCACCUGGGACAUGGACUCCGACCUUGCAAAUAAGCUGUAUGAAAGCUGGAAGAGAUAUAAAAGUGGUGAUGUUUGCAGGAGAAGCGUUUUGGGCAUGCCCCAGUUUGCCUAUGCAAAGAAGUCCAAGGAGUCAGAGCCGUUUGUUUCCCUUCUGCCUCGUUUAGUCCAGGAGCCUGGCCUUGUGUUGAGCUUCAGUGCCACCGCCCUCCGGAGCAGCGCGGUAAAAUACUUCGUGGUGAGGAACCCAUCCCCGCGGCCGGUGUCCCUGCAGCUCCUGCCUCUCUCCCUGUACCCAAAACCUGAAGCCGCGCUGCACCUGCUGCACAAAUGGUUUGGCACAGAUAUGCAGAUGAUUAAUUUCACAACUGGUGAAUUCCAGCUCACUAAAGCUUGCCCUUCCCAGGGUGAGCCGUCUGAGGAUUCCGGUUUUGGUGCGCUCCGUCUGCACUUGCAGCCAUUGGAAAUGAGAAGGGUUGGUGUUGUGUUCACACCAGUGCACUAUGGAAGAGUUGCCUCCGUCAUACUGAUCCGGAAUAACUUGACUGUCAUCGACAUGGUUGGUGUAGAAGGAUUUGGAGCACAAGAGCUCUUGAAAGUGGGUGGAAGGCUUCCUGGUGCAGGAGGGUCCCUCCGAUUUAAGGUGCCAGAGUCCACCCUGAUGGACUGCCGUCGACAACUGAAAGACAGUAAGCAGAUUUUAUCUAUUACAAAGACCUUCAAAGUUGAGAAUAUCGGACCUCUUCCUAUAAGUGUGACCUCCCUGAAAAUCAAUGGCUAUAACUGCCAGGGUUACGGAUUCGAAGUGCUGGAUUGCCACCCGUUUUCACUGAACCCAAACACCUCCCGCGACAUCAGCAUUGUGUUCACCCCGGACUUUACCUCUUCCUGGGUCAUCCGUGAACUGACACUGGUCAGUGCAGCAGACCUAGAAUUCCACUUCACACUCAACGUGACUCUCCCUCACCACAUGCUGCCCUUGUGUGCAGAGGUGGUUCCCGGCCCCAGCUGGGAGGAGUCCUUCUGGAGGCUCACUGUCUUCUUUGUCAGUUUGUCCCUGCUGGGUGUGAUUUUAAUUGCCUUCCAACAAGCACAGUACAUUUUGGUGGAAUUCAUGAAAACAAGGCAGAGGCAAAAUGGCAGCUCCUCCUCCCAGCAGAAUGGUGGUCCAGUGGAUGUGAUCAGCUCCCAUUCUCACAAAAGCAACUGCAAGAACUUCCUGGACACGUACAGCCCACCUGAUAAGGGCAGAGGGAAGAACUGCCUUCCAGUGGGCCCGCCCCUGAGCAGGCUCCAGAACGCUGCCAAGAGGAGCCCAGCCACCUACAGUCAUUCUCAGAAGAAGCACAAGUGCUCCUUCUACUACAGCAAACAGAAACCCAGUGCAUCCAUGGCCAGCAGUGCCAGCGUUAGCACUGACGACAAGCAGCCUUUGACCCUGGCAAGUGCCGUGUCUGCUGCCAAGGAAGACAUUUGCACUGAUGUCAUGAGUGAGAACUGGGUUGGCCUCAAAUAUGCCAGUGGCACGAAUGUAAACUUGCAGAAGAAUUUAACCCUUCCCAAAAACGUACUGAACAAAGAGGACAGCUCACUGAAAACCACAGUUGUCGAUCAUACUUCUUCAGAAUGUAGUAUGAAGGAGGAAAUACAGACAUGUAUGUUUCCUAAGGAAACUGAUGUUAAAACUUCAGAAGACGUGGCUGAGCUCAAGGAACAGGAGCCCUGCCCACAGAAGACUUCUAAGAAGCCACUGGAAAGUCCUUUGCCCAAAACCCCACCCCAGUACCCUCAGUCAGACUUGCCAGAAGUUUCCAGGAAGCAUGGAAAUAGCCAGCGAGUGCCUGUCAAGAACGACGUGGACAGUUUGGAGGCUGUGAAGGCGACUGACACAAAGGUGUCUUCAACGAAGAAGACGCAGCGAGCGUCUCCAGAGGACGCAUGUCCUGAGAGGCAGGACACACCUUCAGCUGAGGAGGAAGAUCCUUACAGGAAGAGGAAGCUUCAGGAGAAAAGAGAAGGAAGCACACAAACUCUCAAUUGGAAUAAAAACCGAACAUGUAGAAAAAACAAGAAGAGGGGUUCUUCUCAGGCCUCCAGGUCUUCGGAGCAGAAUGAGCUGAAGCUUGCCUGCAGUGAAUUUGAGAGGUCGGAGCUGAGCAGUGGCGUCAGAAGCUGGUGUGCACAGGACAGCACUGGGGAGCACUGGAAAGCUGGCAUGGAAAUUGCAGGCAGCUCCCCUGUGCACAGAGAGGAGGACAGUUACUACCAGAAGUCUGAGAAGAAGUGUGCAGACAAGUUUUGCUCGGACUCCAGCUCUGAUUGUGGCAGCUCCUCGGGCAGAGUGCGGGCCAGCCGGGGCAGCUGGGGCAGCUGGAGCAGCAGCAGCUCCGACUGCGACAGGAAGCCAGUGGUGGAUGCCCAGCACUGCCUGCUGCCUGGAGACGGUGCUUCCCCACAGGAUUCUCCAGAAGCGGCCAUCCCCGUGAGCCUGUCUCCACACACCUGCAGCCCUGUAGACAUGAGUGUCCUGUCUCAGUUCACAGAGUCCUCCUGUGCCGGCCUUCCUGCUGCACCCGCAGGUGCUGGAGAGCAAGGUCUGUGCCCACCUGGAGACCUGUGGCCCUCCCAGCCUGCAUGUCUGGCCAGCAGCUUCCCGUGCCCAGUGGAGAAUGGUGUGCCGGCCAUGUCCCAGGAGCCAGCCUCUGUCCCUGACAGUUUUGUGGAUUGGAGCCCGCCCUGCGAAGGCCAGUUUCCCAGUGUGUACUGCCCGCUGGAACUGAACGAUUACAGUGUCUUUCCAGAAGAAAACAUGAGUUACACCCAUGGCUUCUCCUGCCCCUCCAAAGUUCAGACUGACUUCAUUGGCCACAGCGCUCCCUCCAUCUGGAACACUCCUGCCAGCGUGCCCACCGCCUGGGGGCACAGCAGCGUCGUCAGCUCUCCAUCCUACCUCACGAGCACCCGGAGUUUGUCUCCCAUGUCUGGACUCUUUGGUUCCAUCUGGGCCCCACAAAGUGACGUGUAUGACAAUUGCUGCCCCAUCAGCCCCAGCACAGAGCAUUCGACCCACAUGGAAAACCAGGUCAUGUGCAAGGAGUACUACCCCGGCUUCAACCCGUUUCGUGCCUCCAUGAACCUGGACAUAUGGACUAGCACAGCAAAUCGCAGUGCGAGCUUCCCCCUGUCCAGAGACUCCAGCUACUGCGGGAACCUGUGAGGGAGCGGAGUUCUGAGCAAUGUGAAUAAAGGGCCUUGUGUUUUGAUUCCUAGCAUAAGCUGGUUGUUGAGGUAGAGUACAGCAUUGGUGGAUAUUUUGGCACUUUUAUAUAAAAAUAAAUGUUUUGUUUGUUUGUUUGUUUUUGUUUUUAAA